AUGCCUCCUAAACCUACCCAACCUGCCCCCAAUGAGAUCCUUGAACAAGCUGUCAAUACAGCCGCUCUGCGUUUGGAUUCUGCCAUGCAGGAAACCCAACAACAACUUGAUGAAAGAUUUCAUAUAGUCCACUCAGAUCUACAACAAACCCAGCAGAAUCUGGGUCAACUCACCACUCGGCUGGAAAACGACCGCCAGCUCUCAGACUCACGCUAUGAGUCAAUCAUGUCUGCGCUCAGCAAGCUCCUCAAGGAGAAGCAGCCAGCAACUGCUGCUGCUGCCAGCACACCAGCCGGAUCUUCAGGUAUUUUCCAACCCCAACCCUCUAGUUCUGUUGUUACACCACCCAUUCCCACUAUCCUCACCCCUACCAACACCCCACAACGACAUUCUGCCUCAGCCACAUCUACCCUACGCCCUUCCACCCAAACACCCUUGCCCUUCACUCCUUACCCAAUUUUUACUUCAGCCUUUACAGCCCCCCCACACACUCAACCUUUUCCCUUCACACCACAAAUUCCAUACAACCCCAUUCCCAAUUUAACACCUUUACCACCCUUUCGUACCCCCAAAUUAGAAUUAUCUAUGUUCGAUGGUUCAAACCCACUCAAAUGGCUCUUUCAAGCGGACCAAUACUUUAAUUUUUAUCAAUUACCUCCCGAAAACAGAUUGGGCAUGAUGUCCUUUUAUAUGAAAGGUGAAGCACUAAGUUGGUUCAAAUGGAUGUACAAAAAUCAGGAAUUAACGGACUGGUUUUCCUUCACUAGGGCGUUGGAACUCCGUUUCGGACCAUCCACCUACACUAAUCAUCAGGCUGAGUUAUUCAAGCUAAAACAAACUGGUUCAGUUGUAGAAUAUCAAGCUACCUUUGAAAAAUUGGGCAACCAGGUUGUAGGCUUGUCAUCCGAAGCCAUUAUUAAUUGUUUUAUUUCUGGAUUGCUGCCAGACAUUCAGAAUGAAAUUGCCCUUCAUAAACCUACUACCAUCUCCCAAGCAAUUGGUCUUGCUAAGCUUAUUGAAUCUAAAAUUCUUGAAGCCAAACCAAAAUUUCCAAAAACCUUUUCCAACACAUUCAACCGUCCUAGCCAAGUCCAACCAAGUUUCUCACCUUACCCAACAAACCCAAAACCGGUCCCAUUGAACCCCCCACCCAGACUUCCCAUUAAACGUCUCUCCAGUGCACAGAUUCAGGAACGUCGAGCCCAAGGGCUCUGCUUUAAUUGCGAUGAGAAGUUCAUUCCAGGCCAUCGUUGCUCAGUGGGAAAAUUUUUAUUGUUACUAGUGGAUGAUGACGAUUCAGAAUCCCUCCCUACUAUGGAGCCUAUUCAAGACCAGACACUAGAUUCUGCUCAAGUUAUCAAUUCGGAUGAGACUUAUUUUCAAUUGUCACCUCAGGCUGUUAACGGACAUUUUUCCCCCAAAACUUUGAAAUUUAAUGGGCUUAUUAACGGAUUGGCAGUUACCGUCUUGAUCGACACCGGUAGUACACAUAACAUCUUACAGCCUAGGAUCGCACAGCACUUGAAAUUACCUACUACCCCAAUUCCCAACUUUGCUGUAAUGGUGGGUAAUGGCUCUAAGUUAUUUUGCUCAGGAUUAUGCCCAAAAGUCCCUAUAACACUCCAAGACACAUCGUUUACUAUCCCUUUUCAUCUUCUCCCCAUCGAAGGUGCGGAUGUCGUUCUUGGCAUGGAAUGGCUAAGAACCCUUGGCCCUCUCAUGGCUGAUUUCUCUAUACCCAAAAUCUCCUUCUCCUACCAAAAUCAUGACAUUACCAUCACCGGGGACCCAAAAAUACUUCCCACUCCCUCUACGUACAACCAGUUGUGCCAUCUCCUUCACACCGACUCCAUUGCUUCCCUCCACUUACUCUUAUAUCAACCUAUCUCAUCAUCCCAAGAUGCAAAUUCCAACCCAUGCAAACCAAACCCCCUUUCCUCACUACCUACCACAAUCCCUAAACAAAUCAUCAAAAUCCUGCAGUCUUUUCCCUCUGUUUUUCAAACCCCCCGUGGUUUGCCACAACCAAGACAACAUGAUCACCGCAUUCCUCUCCUACCUAACACUGCCCCAAUCAAUGUCAAGCCCUAUAGAUAUCCGCACUCUCAAAAAGAAGCUAUGACUACUAUAAUCCAUGAUAUGCUUCAUGAAGGAAUCAUUAAACCCAGCAAUAGUCCUUAUUCCUCACCAGUUCUACUCGUUAGAAAGAAGGACGGGUCUUGGCGUUUUUGUGUUGACUAUAGAGCCUUAAAUGCGGUUACAGUUCGGGAUCGUUUUCCUAUUCCAACAAUAGAAGAACUAUUUGAUGAGUUGGGAUCUGCAACUAUUUUUUCUAAGAUCGAUCUUCGAUCUGGAUAUCACCAAAUCAGGGUUGCUAAAGAGGAUACUCACAAAACAGCAUUCAGGACAUUCGAUGGACACUAUGAGUUCUUGGUUAUGCCAUUUGGCCUAACUAAUGCUCCUAGUUCGUUUCAAUCAGCGAUGAAUGAUUUGCUUCGCCCAUACUUACGACGGUUUGUCUUAGUUUUUUUCGAUGACAUUUUGAUCUAUAGUACUUGUUUAUCUGAUCAUGUUUAUCACUUAAAAUUAAUUCUCAACUUACUUUGUUCUAACCAGUUUUAUGCUAAGCUUUCAAAAUGUACGUUUGCUGUUCCUAAAGUGGAUAAUUUAGGUCAUAUUAUCUCUGGUGAAGGUGUAACCCCAGAUCCUACCAAAAUUCAAGCAAUGCUGGACUGGCAACGACCACGAUCUCUCACGUCUCUCAGGGGUUUUUUAGGUCUCACCGGCUUUUAUCGACGAUUUAUCCGUCACUACGCCACACUCGCCGCUCCCCUCACCGAUUUAUUACAGUCCACUAAAUUACAUUGGAAUGAUACAGCAGAUGAAGCUUUUACAACAUUAAAAUCAAAAAUGACGGAGGCUCCUGUCUUGCAUCUUCCGCACUUCUCACAGACCUUUGUCCUUGAAACGGAUGCUUCAGCAGUAGCAGUUGGCGCGGUUCUUUCUCAGCAAGGACAUCCCUUGGCCUUCUUCAGCAAGAAACUGUGUAAUCUCCUUCAAACUUCCAGUGUGUAUGUACGGGAGAUGUAUGCAAUCACUGAGGCUGUAAAAAAAUGGAGACAAUAUUUAAUCGGGCGACAUUUUCACAUUUAUACAGACCAGAAAAGUCUAAAGAACCUAUUAGUGCAAACAAUUCAAACACCCGAACAACAAAAAUGGGCGGCUAAACUACAGGGUUUUCAAUUUGACAUAUUUUACAAACCUGGGAAGGCGAAUCUGGUGGCUGAUGCUCUCAGUCGAAAACACACUGAAGCCGAAGCAAUCCUACUCUUUGUCUCCUCUCCGGUACCGCACCUCGUAACACAGUUGAAAGCUUAUUACAAAACCAGCCAAGAAGGGAAGAGUCUCAUAGAGAAGAUUAAACAAGACAGCUCUAUGCAUCAGACUUUUCACAUACAUAACGAUCUAGUCUACUACAAAGGUCGCAUAUUCAUACCUGCAUCCGCAGACUUGCGAACUUCCAUCCUCAAAGAGUUCCAUGACACCCCUAUUGCCGGUCAUUCAAGCGUCAAACCAUGUCUGGCGCGCCUGUCUGCUUCAUUCCUUUGGCCUGGACUCUACAGAGAUAUUAAAGAUUUCAUUAAGACAUGUCAGGUGUGUCAAAAGAACAAAUACAUGACAUCCCGAAAACAGGGACUACUCCAACCAUUAAACAUUCCAAAGAUGGUCUGGGACGAGUUAAGCAUGGAUUUCAUUACUCACCUUCCAAACUCUUUUGGACACACCGUCAUCUGGGUUGUCUGCGAUAGGCUAACCAAGUUCUGUCACUUCAUUGCGUUGCCAACAAAGUUUUCUGCCAAAGACCUCGCCUUGCGUUUCUCCAUCGAGAUCUGCCGCCUUCACGGUAUGCCUUCAUCCAUCGUAUCCGAUCGCGAUCCGAUAUUUCUCAGCACCUUUUGGAAAGAACUUUUCCGCUCCCAGGGAACCACCUUGAGAUACAGUUCGGCUUACCACCCUGUAACAGACGGCCAAACCGAAGUGGUUAAUCGUUGUUUGGAAACUUACUUACGGUGUUUUACCAGUGAGAACCCAAAGAAGUGGUUUCGUUACUUACAUCUCGCGGAGUUCUGGCACAAUACAUCACAUCACUCCUCCAUCAACAUGUCACCCUUUGAAGCCCCUUACGGACGAACCCCUCCGUCUUUCUCCGACUACGACCAUGGGUCUACAAGCAUUCCCUCGUUGGAAGAAUCUCUACAAAACAGACAAGCAAUUUUAGAAAACCUUCAACACAAUCUCAAAUUAAGCAGACAGAAAAUGGAAACUCAAAGUAAUAAAAAAAGAAAAGACUGUAACUUUGAGGAAGGCGCUUUAGUUUUGCUCCGUCUUCAACCUUACCGGCAAGGUUCCGUGCAACGUCGUACUUCUCAGAAACUUUCACCUCGCUUCUAUGGCCCUUUCAAGAUACUGCGCAGAAUUGGCAAGGUCGCUUACCAUCUGGAUCUUCCACCAGACGCCAAAAUCCACCCAGUUAUUCAUGUUUCACAACUCCGUGCGUUCUAUGGUCCCGCUUCACUAUCUCAGACUGAGGACGCCGAAGACGAAGAGGUGUUUUCAGGGGAAGAGAAUACGAUUGCAAAAGGGUCGCAAGAAGGGAACAAGUUGACUGAAGAAGAGAGUACAGAGAAAACUCAGAAGCAAAAGGAGAUAAAUGAAUCUCAAAUGGAGAGAGAACUCGAAGAUAAGGGAGAUUUGCUAAAGACUUACACGCCUCCCCACUCUUGUACUUUGAAAACCACUUCCCCACAUCUUAUCUCCAACGGAUCUUGCAAGGAUCAAUCUGAGCCGUCCGUAACCCAACCAAACCCACUCUCCACAUCCUCACCAUCGGUUCCCACUGACCCUUCACGUGAUUUGGUCUGUCCCAACACGUUUCCAGCUGUAACCAUUACUUCCCAGGACCCACAGUUUUCAACUCAACCACGUGAUCCACUUUUGGGUUCCCAAGGCGCCGCUCCAGCUGUUUCCAACUUAUCAUCACUUCCCAAAACCCUAGUUCAGCAACGAAAUGGGCCUCAUACUUGGGCCAAGUCCUUCGGGUCAACCACCAACAACACUAACCUUGAGGACAAGGUUGUCUUUGGGCCAGAGAGUAAUGUUAACAGGCCCACUCGCAGCAAGAAGCAGCCCAUAUGGCUGAAGGAUUUUUACACUAAAUAA